UGCAAAUAUUGCGCCCAUUCCAGAUGCACAUUCCUUUUUCUUACACAAAUAUCUGCCUCUUCUCUGUUUCAUAUAUAGGCUUUCUUUCGUUUUUUGUAUUACAUAUUUAUCUGGAACAAAAACGAAAACAGUAACUGGAACAAGGAAAGAGAUAGGAAAAAAGGAGGGCCUCUCGCCCUCUCUUCUUAUUAUGCCUUCUCUUAGAUCUUAGAUUCUAGAGUUCCCAAGUGGGUCGUUUUCAUUUGCUUUCUGUUUUUUUCUUCAACGUGGAUUGAUCGGCUACGUGGUUCUUCUUGUUGAAUGAUAUUGAUGGGAUUGGUUGGAAUGGAUUUGUAGAGUGGGCAUGGAUCCUGGCAAGCUUUUUAUUGGUGGUAUUUCGUGGGACACAGAUGAAGAUCGUCUUAGGGAGUAUUUUCAGAGCUUUGGAGAAGUGGUGGAGGUGAUGAUCAUGAGGGAUCGGACCACCGGCCGUGCCCGUGGCUUCGGUUUCGUCGUCUUUGCUGAUCCUGUCAUUGCAGCGAGAGUUGUAUUGGAAAAGCAUGUAAUUGAUGGAAGAACUGUUGAAGCAAAGAAGGCUGUUCCUCGAGACGAUCAAAACAUUUUGAGCCGAAACAAUACUGGUAUCCUCGGAUCACCCGGCCCUACUCGCACAAAGAAGAUAUUUGUAGGAGGUUUGGCAUCCACCGUCACGGAGAGUGACUUUAAGAAGUACUUCGAUCAGUUUGGAACAAUCACAGAUGUCGUGGUGAUGUAUGACCAUAAUACUCAGAGACCAAGAGGUUUUGGAUUUAUCACUUAUGAGUCAGAGGAAUCAGUGGAGAAAGUGUUGUACAAAACUUUCCAUGAACUCAAUGGUAAAAUGGUUGAGGUUAAGAGAGCUGUUCCAAAGGAAUCAUCACCAGUGCCCAACCGAAAUCAAUUAGGCGGUUACCCUUAUGGUUUUGGUAGAGUUGGUAGCUAUUUAAAUGGCUAUAAUCAAGGAUACAAUCCAGCCUCAGUUGGAGGAUAUGGACUGAGAUCUGAUGGUAGAUUUAGUCCCAUUUCAGUUGGUCGUGGUGGGCUUUCUCCAAUAAGUCCUGGUUAUGGAAUAGGACUAAAUCUUGACACAGGGUUGAGCCCAAACUACGGGGCAGGUCCGAAUGGUAACUCUAAUCUCAGCUAUGGACGAGUAAUGAGCCCCUCGUAUGGUGUAAAUUUAAAUAGGUAUGGUAGCCCAAACCCGAUGCUAUAUGGUGGAGGCAGUGGAGGGAAUGGUUCUAUUUUAAGCUCAUCGGUUCAGAAUCUGUGGGGGAACGUCGGUAACUCUGCUGGUGCAAACUCCUCACACUUGAGGACUUUUCCCGGCUCUGGUGGUGUGCAUACAGGAACUAAUUCCUUGAACAGUAUCGGAGGGCUUUGGGGUGCUUCUGCAAGUCUCGGUCAUGGGGAAAAUGCUGGUUCUCCAUUCAAUACUGCUAAUCUCGAUUUCGGAAACGGAGAUGCCAGCUUUACAUCAGGCACAACAGUAGGUUAUGCUAGAAGCAUUGGAACUAAUGUUUCCUCAGCAUCUUUGUACUCUGCACCAAAUAUUUAUGAUGAGGUUCAUGGGAAUAAUGAUGAAGGAAACUCAUUCUAUGGCCAUUCCAGUUGGCAGUCAUUGCCAACAGAGCUUGAGGAUUCUUCCUCAAUUGGCUUUGGCCUCGGCAAUGCAGCUUCAGAUGUUAUUAGUAGAAACUCUGCUGGUUAUACUGUUGGAUAUGGUGUUUCUAAUAGACAAUCUAAUAGAGGAAUUGCUGCCUAGGAAGAAGAUGAUACAACAGAUGUCAAAAAAUUUAUAGUAGGUGAUGCAUAUUCGGUAAAGCAGGUGGACUGCGAUUUUCGUAUAAUUUUCGUCAUUGUGAUACACUCCCCAUUUGAUACUGUCAGAGCUAAUUUGUUUUCUGUUUUGACAAACUGUCCCAUAAAGAAGCAGGUUCCAGAGGGUUUUCUCUUGGUCAGGAUUGAGCUUGAAAAUAUAGGUCUUUCUUCUUCUUUCUUUCUUUAUUUCUUGUAAUUUGAUUGAUAUGUAUAAUUGGAUUGUGGGUAAGGUAUAUAUAUGCAGAACUGUUGCAUAAUACGUUACUCCGAGAAACGAUGUCACACGAACAAAUCAACAUCUUUCUUCUUUUUUUU